CAUUUUAGUUUCGACCAUUCGAUCACUAAAGAAAUUCAAUCACUAAAGCAAUCAUAAAAGGGAAAACUGGGCAGUGUAAUUUCUACUUUCUAGCUGUCUGAAAAUGGAAGAGAGAGUCCAGAUGGAAAGAGUUAAACUAGGUGAUCAAGGUUUGGUGGUUUCUAGACUAGGUUUUGGAUGUGGAGGACUUUCUGGAAUGUUAAAUGCCCCUCUCUCACAUGAAGAUGGAUGUUCAGUUAUAAAAGAAGCUUUUAACGUUGGCAUCACCUUCUUUGAUACAGCAGAUAUCUAUGGAGAAAACCAUGAUAAUGAGAUCAUGGUUGGCAAGGCCUUGAAGCAGCUUCCUCGAGAUCAAAUUCAACUAGCAACAAAAUUUGGUAUUAUUGUGUUAGAGGGGUUUCAAUUUUCCAUCAAGGGUACCCCUGAAUAUGUUCGGUACUGCUGUGAAUCUAGUCUUAAGCGUCUUGAUGUGGAUUAUAUUGAUCUAUACUAUCAGCAUCGUGUGGACACUUCAGUACCAAUAGAGGAAACAAUGAGGGAGCUCAAGAAGCUGGUGGAGGAAGGAAAAAUUAAGUACAUUGGGUUGUCAGAAGCUAGUGUUGACACAAUAAGGAGAGCUCAUGCAGUUCAUCCUAUCACUGCCUUACAAAUGGAAUACUCUCUCUGGACCCGUGAAAUUGAAGAUGAGAUAAUUCCACUUUGCCGGGAGCUUGGAAUUGGGAUAGUAGCAUAUAGUCCUUUAGGUCAUGGCUUCUUUGGCGGGAAGGCAGUUGUCGAAAGUUUGCCCAAUGAGAGUUUGAUUGGGAUGCAUCCAAGGUUCUAUGGAGAGAAUUUAGAGAAAAACAAGAUCAUAUAUAAUCGACUUUCCAAUCUCGCUACAAAGCAUGCCUGCACAGUUCCUCAACUUGCUCUAGCAUGGCUUCUACACCAGGGUGAUGACAUAAUCCCUAUCCCUGGGACAACUAAAGUGAAGAACAUGAAAGAAAAUAUUGGAUCCUUGGCACUGAAGCUAACACAAGAGGAUUUGAAAGAAAUUUGUAAUACCGUGCCUAUUGAUGACGUGAGUGGUCCAAGAGAAAUGGCCAGUUUAUCUAAAUAUGCCUGGAAGUUUGCUGACACCCCAUCAAAGUGAAGAAAAUUACACAAAACAGAUAAAAUUCGUCUGAUGUAAAAGAUACUUCUACUUUUAUUGAAACAGAAUUUCUUGCUCAUAACUGAGAGUAGAUAUCUUGGAGAAGAGCUAUGAAUUUGUGAGGAAUAAGUUCUUGUUCUAACACUAUCAUUACUGCAUUAGGACUUGCGCUAUGACUUUUUAUAUAUGAAAAAUCUUUUCACAGUUGUUAUAAUAGUAGUUUGUCAUUAUGGUAAUACAAGUAGAUCAGACAAUUUGUGUAUUUAUAUUGUAUUUAUUUUUUAUUAAAUACAAACACGUAUAAAAUAUGA